AUGUCGCUGGACUCAGUCCACAGUCUGCGCUCAUUCCUCCUCAUUGUCAUCGCUCUGACCGUUUUAGUUUUGGGGAAUCUCGUCUGGUCGCUGGAUUACCUGUACAUCCCUCUGGGCAUGGAUUUUGUGUAUCAAACACGUGUGUUUAAAACCGAAAGUGAGACCAGUAGUAUUAAUCGAGGGUUCUACUUCGGCAAAACAGUUAAACCGACCACAACAAGACAGGAAGUGACUACAAGCCAAUUGAACAAUGCCACCCUUGUGCGUCCGGAUUCUUGCGAAAAUUGUUUUGAGCAUAAUUUUAAAUAUAUUAUCCAAAACGAGGCCGUGUGUAAUUCACUGGAGAAAAAUUCAACAAUAGAUCUCAUCGUUCUGGUGUUCACGGUGCACGGCCAUUUCCAACAGAGGAACAUACUUAGACAAACAUGGCUGUUGGUUUCAAAAGAAAAUAAGGGUACUAUUAGGUACGUGUUUCUGCUCGGAGACACGAAAGACGAGGACUUGAGCAAGAAGGUUGAAGAGGAAAAUGAUGUGCAUCACGAUAUAAUAAAAGAAUCCUUUGUGGAUUCCUACCAGAACUUAACCUACAAGACGAUCAUGGGAUUCAAGUGGGUGACGAACUUCUGCUCUAAAGCCAGAUUCGUAAUGAAGACAGACGAUGACAUGUACGUCAACCUCCCAGCCCUAGUUCCGGUCCUCGUCAAGGAGGAGACAACUCUUCAAAGUUCCGUCGGCGGUUCCUGUAACUUGAACGCUCAACCGAUCCGAGAGAAAAACUCGAAAUGGUUCGCGUCUGUUCGGAGUUAUCCUCACAAGUAUUACCCUGGUUACUGCUCCGGAACUGGGUACGUCACGAGCAAGUCUGUGACGGGGAAAAUCUAUGACAUUUCCAAGACAGUUCCCUUCUUCCACCUGGAGGAUGUGUAUGUGGCGCUGUGUGUGAAAACACUCGGAUUUAAAUUACGACAUCUGCCCGGUUUUUAUGCAGGCAAAGUAAAAUUCGACCCCUGUCGUAUGAAAUCAAAUCGCAUUCUAACCUGCCAUGGCCUACCGAUGGAGUUGUUUUUUAAAAUUCGGGAUGCAAAAUGUACAUAAUUGGUUAACUGAUCUCGACUGGUUGGUUGG